AGAGCAUGCAGUUGGUCGCCCAUGAUGCGUUCACACUUGAUGAUGUUCAGUACUACAACGACCUCUUCCUCGUGCGUAUGCUCAGCCUUGCGGGAUAUGUCAUCCUCAUUCACGAGGCCUUCGAAGCCCUCCCGGACGAGGUCAAGCACAUUUGGCCCGCGCGUUGGUCGACCGUCAAGGUCUUGUAUCUCAUCAACCGCUACGGGAACCUGGUAUUCUUGGGGGCGAGUACGUUGCAGACACUUGGGAUCUGGCGCAGUAACGCGCAUACAUUCUGCUACAAUGCGACGCUCGCCCUGUCGCUUAUACAGUUUGCCUCGUUCGCCUCGGUCCACGUACUUGUAUUGCUACGAGCAUGGGCGACGUGGGGUCGUCAUGUCAAAAUCCUCGCAAUCCUCGCGGCGUUGUUUGUACUUUACGCUGCCGCUAGUGUAUCACUCCUCGUUUGGGGUGUCGUCUCUGUCGGUUACAAUGCAUACCCGCUGGCCUCCAUAGUUGGGACGUGUAUAAGCUCUAUACCUUGUGCGUGCCCCACCGUCUCUAGUCUUCUCUGCUCUCCGUUCAAUGAGGUACUCUUGCAAUUAGCAUUCGCAUGGAUUCUAUGGAUUCCUAGCCUCGCGUUAGAAUGUGUAAUAUUCAUCUUGACGAUGGUUUCGAUUCGACAGUUCGACCUUCAUCUCCAUCUGGCUUGGCAGUCGCCUAUCGUGAGGGUCAUAAUGCGUGACGCCAUACUCUACUUCAGUCUAACGCUCUUCAGCGGUCUAUUCAACAUCUUCAUAUGGGCAUAUUACGCAGAACGCGCUCUAAACAUGCUCGCCAACAGCUUCACCCUCUGUCUCAUGAUUUCCGCAGGCCAGCGGCUCGUCCUCGACCUCCGCAAGAUCUCUACGGACGACGCGCUCUCGACAACUCGCAUCGGGCGUGAGGUCGAGCGCGCAAUCGAGGCCAUGGCCACCGCGCGCUCGCCAUCUCCGAUCGUCUUCGCUGAGCGGUCCCUAGCGUCCCCGACGACGCACACGUCCAUACGUUCACACGAUACUCAUCCCCCCUCUCCGUGGAAGACGCGGAAGGUAGACUGGGGCGCGAUACGCCACUGGGUGCACGGUGUGGAUGGGCGCGAGCAGGAGCGAUCGAUCAGCGUCGAGCUUGUGGAAGUAGUGGAUGCGCCAUCGGAUGGGCGACGGACCAGAACGCUGGAGGUCCACGUUUAAGGCGAUCUAGAGCCUUCCACAUGUAGUUAGUUGU